CACUAUUCGCCUGAUCCACAAUGUUGAGAACCACCCUCGUGCAAAAGAGCGCCGUCCGUUCGUUGGCUACCUUCGCCUCGCCAGAAUCUGUCUUGCCCAAGAAGUACGGUGGCAGAUUCACCGUCACCUUGAUUCCUGGUGAUGGUGUAGGACAGGAAAUCACCGAUUCCGUCAAGACCAUCUUCAAGGCCCAGAAUGUCCCAAUCGACUGGGAAGUGAUCGACGUGUCCGGUUUGGAAAGCUCUGGCAAGAACGGUGUUACUGAAGCCGUUGAAUCGUUGAAGAGAAACAAGGUCGGUUUGAAGGGAAUCUUGUAUACUCCAACUGGAUCUUCCGCAAAGUCCUUAAACGUUGCAUUGAGAAAGGAAUUGGACAUCUACGCCUCGCUCGUAUUGAUCAAAAACAUCCCAGGUGUCAAGUCCAGAUUGGACGGUAUUGACUUUGCCCUUGUCAGAGAAAACACCGAAGGUGAAUACUCUGGUUUAGAACAUCAAUCGUACCCAGGUGUCGUUGAAUCUUUGAAGAUCAUGACCAGAUUCAAGUCGGAAAGAAUCGCCAAGUUCGCCUUUGACUUUGCCAAGAAGAACAACAGACAGUUGGUCACCGCCAUCCACAAGGCCAACAUCAUGAAGUUGGGAGAUGGUUUGUUCAGACAAACUGUUAAGGAUGUUGGUCAAGACUACUCCGGUAUCGAAGUCAACGACUUGAUUGUUGACAAUGCCUCUAUGCAAGCUGUCGCCAAGCCACAGCAGUUUGACGUUUUGGUCACUCCAAACUUGUACGGUUCCAUCUUGUCCAACAUCGGAGCUGCUCUUAUCGGAGGUCCUGGUUUGGUUCCAGGUGCCAACUUCGGUAGAGAAUACGCUGUGUUCGAACCAGGUUGUCGUCACGUCGGUUUGGACCUUAAGGGCCAAAACACUGCCAACCCUACUGCCAUGAUCUUGUCGUCCGCCAUGAUGUUGAGACACUUAGGCUUGAACGAUGAAGCCGACAAGAUCUCGGCUGCUACCUACGAAGUCAUCGCCGACGGUAAGAUCAGAACCAAGGACAUCGGCGGAACUUCUUCCACCACCGAGUUCACCAAGGCCAUUGUUGACAAGUUGGCUUAAACGAAAAGCGUAUGUACUUUCAUAUCUUUAUAAUCAUUACAUACUUAGUGCUACUAGAAUACAUUAAGACUGAAGAGGUUAUAGUAGUUAG